UUUUUAAUUUUAAUAGAUUGAAUGGUUAAUAGAUUUAGACAUAAAAAUUUAAAACUAAAAAGGGAUCAAAUGCUGGGAUGGACCAGGAGGGCACAAAAAAAUCUAGAAUAAACCCCUUCUUUUUUUCUUUUCUUAAUGAAUUAAAAAUAAAUCAAGAUUAAAUAGAAAAUACCACAAAACCUAAAACUUCAAUAUAUUUACAUAUCCAACCAGUCACCCACCCACUUACAAUUAACCCGACCCGACCCGUGUUUUAAUAACCCUAAAUCCCUAAAUUCUUUGUCUUCGACAAAACCAAUGAAAUCACGAUCUCCCUCUAUCUCCCAUUACUAAUCAAACUUGGUAACAAUCAUCUUGAAUAACAUCUAUUUCUCCAAUUUCGUCUCACUCAUUGAGAGACUAUGUCUCCAAAGACUCGACUUGCGGAAAAAAAAAACAAUGAAGAUGUGCUGGAGAAGAAGAAGAACGAGUCAAUAGCGAAGAAGAAGAAAACUGCAGCGGAGAAGAAGAAAGGAGGGAGAAGAAGAAGAUGGACUCCGCGAGAAAGAAAAAAGAAACAUCAGUGAAAAGAAGGAUAGAGGCCGUGAAAAAAAAGAGAGAUGCGGCGAAGAAGAAGACUGAAACCGAGACCGCAGAGAAGAAGAGGAAGAGAAACAGUGGUGUCGACGGUGGGUCCUUGUCGAAUCCAACCAAGCGGGCUCGGAACACCGCAUCUCCACCGGAACAGGAACAUCAAGGCGAUAAUUCCCCAGCACCAUCAGCGGAAUUGCCUUCUCAGGCCGAUGUCGAGAGUACUCGGGCACCUAGUGAGGCCAAGAAUCCACUGCAACCUCCAGUAACCUCACUUUCAAUCUCAGAAUCUGCCACAAAUUGUCCUUCACAUCGUUUAGACAAUCACGAUGAGGAGAUUGUAUCCAACAACAGAGAUUCACACACACCCGAGGCUGCCAUUGACCAUACUGCGCAAAGAACGGAGGCUGAGGAUAUGGCGGUAAACCCCCUUAGACCAAAUGAGUUUUUCUUCAAACCGAAGGAUUAUCGGAAGUCUUGUAAGCUUCAAUCAAGAUGCCACCAAUACAAAUUCAUGACGAUCCUUGGGGGGUUAGAUGAAUCAGAAAAGAGGUGGUUUCUUGAACACCCACAGUUCAAGCACUUGUUCCACAUGGUUUGCACCUCAACUAGAAAGAUGAUGGGAUUGUGGAUGUUGCUACUCCGCACCAUUUCUACGCAUAAGAGUCAGCAAGCGUGGUUUGCUGUAAAUGGUGUUCCUAUUCGGUACUCGAUCAGGGAACACGGUCUCAUCUCAGGUUUAUACUGCCACCAGUAUCCUGAAAAUUAUCAGAGUGGCUUGAACAUGAUGUUUGCGGAGAAACAGUUUAGGAAAAUGUUCAUGAAGAAGCUGAAAAAGCUGAAGAAUAAGAAGAAGAAACCAGAGGAAGAGGAACUAAAGGUGACAGUUCAGGAUGUGGAAGAGAAGCUUUCGCAGAUGAAGCUAGAUCGUACCAAUGACCGGCUGAAGGUGGCUAUUCUGUACUUUUUGGCCACAGUUAUAGAUGGGAAGUCCAAAUAUGGAGGCCCCAUCGAUCCUUUUCUUCUGCAAAUUGUUGAUGAUCUAGAGCUGUGUAAUAAAUUUCCAUGGGGACGUUUCACGUUUGAUCACUGCAUGAAAGAGAUCAAACAUGUGAAGGAUCGUCUUAGAAGAGGACUGCCCGAAAACCCGAAAUGGACAUUUCCUGGGUUCAUCAACCCUUUAGAGAUAUUGGCAUUUGAAUGCAUUCCUGUCCUGAAGGCAGAAUUUAGAGAACCUGUGCCAAACUACGACCCUAGUUGUCCAAGAAUGUGCAAGUGGAAGUUCACAUCAACUGGGACAACAGAAUAUGCACUGGAAGAACUUUAUAAGGCUCUUGGAAACACAAAGACAAUUUCUAGCAUUUUGCCACCAAUUGAACGUGAGCAGCAAGUUAUCAACCAGAAAAUGGACGAAGGAUGUUGGGAAGAUAUGGAACUUUUAGAUGAUGGGGAUGAUGAUGAUGCAAUUGUUGAUGUAUGGAACAAGUUCAUAGUUCAGGAAAGAGGGCAGAUAUUUUGGGAGGAUAUAUGCAUGGAAGAUAUUAAGUCUCGAAGUCUAGAGAUAGAACAGCUAGAAGGAGAUCAACUGGAGGAGGAGGAGCAUGAGGCUGGGAACGAGCCUGAGGAGCAUGAGGCUGGGAACGAGCCUCCGAGGAUUGUCGGUGGAGAAGCUGUGGCAGAACUUGAAAGUUUAAAAGAAACGGUGAUGAGUCUGAUGAGUCUGAUGACUACAAUGGAAGGGAAUGUUAAUAACAAGCUUGAGGGUUUUGACAGAAGACUAAAAAUGUUGGAAGGAGAUAGUAUUGGGAGAGAAGGUUUUGAAAAUAUGGACUUUCAAUAUAAUGAAGAUGGUGGAACGUCUGGACAGCAAGAGAAAGGUAAUGAGGACGAGGAGGAUGAGGAUGAUGGGAAGGAGGCUGAGCAUGAUGAUGAUAAUGGCGAGAAGGAUGAUACUGAGAAAGAGCAUGAGGACGAGGAGGCUGAGGAUGAUGGGAAUGAGCACGAGGACGAGGAUAAUGACGAGAAGGAUCAUGACGAGGAGGCUGAGGAUGAUGGGAAUGAGCAUGAGAACGAUGGGAAAGAGCUUGAAAAGGAGCUAGAGGUGCAGCCAGAAAAAGAGGCAACUGAUGAUGCUGAGGAUGAUGGGAAAGAGCCUCAAAAGGAGCUAGACGUGCAGCCAGAAAAAGAGGCAACUGAUGAUGCCGAGGAAUAUACACUUCGAGUAAUGGAAGCAGCUGCAGAGAAGGUUGAGGCAGAAGCUGCAGAGAACGUUGAGGCAGAAGCUGCGAGAAAAGAAGCAAUGACGAGGCCAAAGAGGGUGUUGAAGCCUUCACACUUGCAGAAGUCUCCUUUUGUUAAGAAGUGAUUGAAGUUGUUGCUUUUUUUAUGUUAGGAAACUUGUUUGUGGCUUUUGUUAAACUAGAUCUUUUUAAAACUUCUACUGAUGUAAACCUUGUUAGGAAACUUAUUUGUGGUUUUUGCAUUAUAAAAACUGGAUUUGCAGUUGUGUUUAGUUUAAUAGAGAAGAUUUGCAGGUA